AUGUCGACGAAUGCAGGGAAGAAGGUGUACAUUGUUGCAAUGGUGAUACGGGUGAUCUACACCGGCAUGUACGUCGUCUCCAAGGCGGCCUUCGACGGCGGCAUGAAUACCUUUGUCUUCAUCUUCUACCGCCAGGCAGCCGCCAGUCUUCUCUUGCUACCCCUCGCCAUCCUCCUUGAAAGGAGAAACGCUCCACCCAUGUCACUGUGGUUGUUCACCAAGAUAUUCAUGUAUGCUUUACUCGGGAACACGGUGAGCAUGAACCUGCACAACAUGAGCCUCAAGUACACCUCCGCGACGGUGGCUUCAGCCACGAGCAACUCCAUCCCCGUCUUCACCUUCCUCUUCGCCGUCCUCCUAUAUUAUGAAGCCAUCAAGCUCCGCACCGCCUCGGGCGCAGCAAAGCUCGCCGGCGUCGCGCUCUGUGUCGCCGGGGUCCUCGUCAUCGCCCUCUACGCCGGCCCGCCGCUCAACCCCCUCAACCACCACCGCGCCUUCGCCGCCGCCAUGGCCGGCGGGAAGCAAGGGGAUUGGAUGGAAGGCACGUUCCUGAUGCUCCUGGCCAACCUGACGUGGUCGCUCUGGAUCGUCCUCCAAGCGCGCCUCCUCACGGAGUACCCCAAUAAGUUGCUGGCCGCGACACUGCAAUGCCUGCUCAGCACGCCACAGUCCCUCGCCCUGGCGGCUGCUGUGACCGCUUUCGGGAAGGACAUGUCCGUCGCGUGGAGGCUACGGCUGGAUGUGGGGCUCGUCGCCGUGGCCUACUCCGGGUUCGUGGUGACGGGGGUGUCCUUCUACCUGCAGGCAUGGUGCAUCGAGAGGCGAGGCCCCGUGUUUCUGGCCAUGACUAAUCCGGUAGGGCUCGUGCUCACCAUGUUCUGCUCCUCCUUCUUCCUCGGUGAGGUCGUUCACCUCGGCAGCGUCCUUGGCGGGGCGCUGCUGGUCGCCGGGCUGUACAGGGUGCUCUUGGGGAAGAGCAAGGAGCAUCAACAGUCACCACCGCCACUGCCGCCUAGACUAGCUCCUGCAUCAGCAGCGUCUGACGUUAAACAAGGAUGCUGCAGUAGUAACGCUCGUAAUGGUGACAAGGAGGAUAAGAUAGAGUUGGAGGAGAAGAAUAUCAAGAUGGCUUCACAGGUGUAG